ACCCCGCACAAAAGCAUCUCGAUGCGAUGGGGGCUGAGCGCACACGCCAGCGCAUCGAUCACGCAGAGCCGCGUAAGAGGUGCUGGGCAGUCGCCCGCGUCGUGCUUAACGCGCCUGCGUCGAAAAAAAAGCCAAGGGGCUGCAUCACAAAAUGCUCGGCGGCAUGAAUAUACAACCGGAGCAGCACCGCUACCCCUUCCUCGCGUCGCUGCUCUGCAUCCCGUCGCAGGACGCCAUCAUUGAAAAUGAAGGGGCAGCCGGCCCGGAGGACGACGACGGGCGCCGCAUGCGCGAGGCGCGCGGGCUCGCACGGAUGAGUGACGACGCCAUCGCGGCGACGGCGGCGGCGCUCGCUGCGAGGCUGCCUCCCGAAGGCUGGCGUGUCGCGACCGAUGCCGAGUCGGGCCGUGACUACCUCUACAAUCAUAGUGGAGAGGUGCGCUGGACCGAUAACGCACCUGUCGUGCCAGACAGCGAGGAUACACAAAGGGAGUUGCUGCGGAGGGCGCUCGACGGCGACUUUGGCCAGCUCCUCGCGAAACAAUCCGCCCCGUUCUUCGACGGCUUCUUCCAGGAUGCGCAGGCCUGCCCCGCAGUAUCAAAAGAAGGCUGGCCGGACGUUAUCAACAGAUUUGUGAAGCGGCUGCCUGUGUUAGUAGAGCGCUCGAGGAACGUGGCGGGCGCCGACGCGCGCGCCGCGCUGGUGGACGCGGUCGCGGAGCCGUGCUUCUACCUCGCCGCUCAGAGGAGUGCGCACGCCGCCUUCUCCUCAGAGAUCGACCCGGCGGCGGCGUUUUCAAAAGCGGACCACGUCGCGGAACUGCCUGCUGAAUACCGAUGUGCCAUAGAGGGCUUCCGAGCGGCGCUCUUCGAUCGACUCACGGAAGCGCUGACCGAUGAUAGAAGGAGACAAGCGUUGAGGCGGGCCCUCCAGAUCAUUCCGAGACGGUCAAUCCUGGCUCUGGCGACGGUCCGCGCGCUACCGUCGUCGCACGCGACAUGUACAUCACUGGUAAAGCUCUUCGCGGAGAAGGGUCUGACGGGAAUGUCCGUGCUCCAGCGCCUGGCGGCGGCGGGCCUCGGCGCGCGGGACGCGAGGACCGAGCGGGACGCGUGUCUAGCAAAGGCGCAGCCGGCCGGCAACUGCACCGCCGGCUUAAGUUUAAAAUUGGAGCUGGCGGAUCUCAGCGACGCGGACUUGGAAGUUGUUGUGGAGGAGCUCGCUGAUAGUACAUCGAAGCGCUUCAGCACCCUGAAGGGGACCGCGCGGGACGCCUUGACACGGGCCUUGGAUUUGGAAACGUACGCGCGGCGCUGCGACCGCCUCGUGAGCGCCUACGGCGACGACGCGUACGUCGACCUCGUGGUCUCGCUCUACCCGGCGCUCGUCGCGCCGCUGAGCUACGCCCUGCAGUCGUCUGAAUUAAAUGGGGCUCAGGUCGCGGACCACCUGUUCUGGGCGACGAGCCGGGUCCUGGACGUGUUCGAAGGCUCGUUGCCGUUGACGCAGAAGCUUCGUGUUCUAGAUGAUGAAUUACGGGGCGUGCUCGGUUGUAUAAUGGGCCUCGCGCACCGGACGUCCCUCCAACACGCGCCGCGCGUGCGGCGGCUCUGCGCCUGGGCGGCAGACUGCGCUGCAGCGUGGCGGCCGCCGCUCGCGCACGACAAGGAGCCGUUUCCGGCCUACGCCGCGCGCGCCGCGGACGCGUGGACGGCGCGGGCUGCGGCGCGCGCGAGAGCCAAGGACCGUCGCGAAUUGCCGCACCGUGCUCCGAACGUAGACGAAGCGUCUCCGCUCGCAUAUAUCCGUUGGGCGAAUGGUCCCGAGGCCACCGAACAACUCGCGCGCCUCGGCUUCGUCAGGGUCAACGCAUCGUCGGGCGUCUGGGCUGCCGGCGACGGCGAAGACGUCGUCUCGCACUGUCGCAUCGUCUUCGGCGACGACGCGGCCGCCUCGACGGUCGACGAGGGAUGGCUCCGGGCCGCGGUCCUGCCCCAGGGCGGUAUUGCUUCGCUCAGUGGCGAGCCGCGGGCGCACCUGCUCUACCGGCGCGGACCGCGCGAGGGCAAGGCUGUCACCCUGGCGGGCCUCCGGCGCCUGCUCGCGCGGGCGGGCUACGACUAAGUUAGUGUUUGUGU